AUGUCAGAAAAGUUUAAAGAUAUCAAUGCUCUAAUAAUUUCAAAAGUGCAUGGAUUCACUGCUCAAGCAGCUGAUACAAUAAAAAAACAGAUUACAAAGAAUGGUGGAAAUGCUGAAAUUUUAGAAAAUAGCCCAUUACAAAACAUUAGCACUUAUACACAUAUAAUUGUCCCUGACGCAAUCCAAAAAGAUGCAUUACAAAAAAAGCUCAAUAUAAAAUCCUUGAGAAGACUUAAAAUAGUUAAGCCAGACUGGGCAAAUUUAUCAUUUAUUUAUAAAAGAGUGCUACCUAUUGAUGAAUAUAAAUGGGAAGACCCAGAACUAUCAAGUAAAAUAGAAACCACAAAAAAAGCAUUCAAAAGGAAAGCUGAAGUAAUGGAGCCUUUGCCACCAAAAAAGGCUGUAAAAGGGAAAACAAAAGAGAAAAAAGAGCCUCCUGGAACCAAAGUUGAAAAUAAGAAUGAAAAUUUGGUAAGUGAACUAAAUAAGUUGAAAAAAUAUUAUGAAUCAUCAGGAGAUAGGGGCAGAGCAAUUGCAUAUAAUAAGAUUAUAAGAAUAUUAAAAAUGCUGCCUUAUAAAGUUACAGAUGCAAGCCAGCUUGAAAAUAUUAAAGGAAUUGGGGAUAAAACCCUCAGAAAAAUAGAUAAAAUUUUAAAAAAUGGAUAUCUACAAAGAACCAAAAAAUUACAACAAGACACACAUGUCAAAUCUUUAGGGGAAUUAGAGAAUAUAUUCGGAAUUGGACCCAGAAAAGCUGAAGAAUUAUAUGAAAAGGUAUAAAUUAAUAUGAUGGAGACAACAGCCUAACGCCUGAAGGAAACACCCAGAUGGGAAAACCAAGCUGAGUAAAGGUACGGUAGCCUUCCUGUAUAUCGGGCUGGGUUAUACUCGAGUAAGAUGCUAAACUUGGGAGAUGAAUUUUUACCUACUACGGAGGGUGUCUUUCAGAAUCCCUAAGUGAUGAUUAGCAUUUAGAUAAUUAAAAACCCGGCUAUAUCAAGAAAGAAGGUCAUAAUCUCAUAUAUAUGAAAAAAGGUCUCAGAACGAUUGAUGACAUCAAAAGAUAUAAUCAAGAAAACCCUGAAUAUUUCACUGACAAUGAAAAAGUAGCGAUUGAUCUAUAUGAUGAAUUAAAGUUUAAAGUUCCUAGAGACGAAAUUGAAGAAAUUGCAAACAUUGUCAAAGAAAAAUUAAAAGCUAUAGAUGAGGAUGCAGAAAUGGAAAUCUGUGGCUCAUAUAGACGCGGAAGAGAAUUAAUAGAUGACAUUGACGUCGUUAUUGCAAGUGACAAAACAAAUACAUUAACUAAUCUUAUAGUUGAGCUAGAAAGAUCUGGACUUACAAAAUAUUCCUUUACUAAUGCAAAACACAAAUAUAUGGGAAUUGUAAAGCUUGGAGAUAAGCCACAUAGAAGAUUCGAUAUCUUUUUAUGCACCCAUGAAGAAUAUCCUUUUGCGAUCUUAUAUUUCACAGGAUCUAUGGAUUAUAACAUAUUGCUAAGAUCAGAAGCGAAAAAAAGAGGGCUGAGAUUGUCAAAUACUGGUCUUUGGAGGCUUUCUAAUGGGAAAACUGUGGUGAAGGCAAAAACUGAAGAUGAUAUCAUAAGGUAUUUAGGCUUUGAAGUUGUGAGCUUAAAAGAAAGAGAUAUUUAA